CUUCCCCCCUCCCCGGCAGCGCGGCUGCUGCUGCAGCUACACCGGGUAGGUUUCCAGUCACUAUGGCGGCUCCUGCUGGGAAGGUCCUGGGAAAGUUUUCGCUGUCGGCGGCCGACUGAGAGGGAGGCAGCGAUCGGAAGGCGCCCGGCCUCCAGGCCUCUUCCUCGGCGGGAACGGGGCUGAGCUCUAGGCAAGCGAAAGGCGCCCCUCCUCAAGAGAGGAAGGAGGGAACGAGGUCCUCGGUGUCGGCCACCUGCAGAGUCACUGAGCGAGCUGCGCCGGAGCCUUCAUUGGCCUUCACCGGGCAGCCCCCCUUCCUCCUCCUAGGGGAGAGCUCCUUCAUCUCUGCGCCAAGACCCUCCUCAGAGAGCCCUUUUAGCGAUAAGUCAUCUGCAACGCCUGAGACCAUCACUGAAGAUACCACAGCGCUUCAACUUCCCUCGGCCGACCUCACCUGGCCCAACUUGCUGCCAGUUCUUCCAGUCGGUUGGAAAAAAACACCUUUUAUUCAAUGACUUGGAUACGUUUAUUGACCCGUAGGUCUUUGGGGAAGGAGGAUACAAUUCUGUUCUGUUAAUGAUCAGAUUCGUUGUUUGCUUGGCUCCUUUGACAAUUCAAGACAGGGCCUGAGGUGUCUGCUGAGGGGGCAGUGAACCUGCUCAUCAUUCCAUUCCUGACUUUGCAUUGAUGUCUGAAGAAGAUGAACCCUAGAUUUACUAGUGGAUCUGUUAGACUGUUCUUGUCAGAAGGGCUUCUUGGUCAUUCUCCAGUUCAUACUUCACUCUUGUAAAUCGCUUGACUUGGUUUCCGAUUCCCUCAAUCUUUCAUGGUUUGUCUAUAUUGAGGAAAAAUCUUAGGCAGUGUUUACGGAACAGAAUCAAUUACAUCCCAAACAAGUAUUUGGGUGUGAGUCAUCCACUUGGAUUUAUAGCUGUCCCCACCUUAAUUUAACAAGUUCUGUUUCUCCUGUGAGGCAUCAGAUGCCUGUUCAUAUUCAUGAGAAGUAUGGAUUAAAGUGGAACUUCUUAGAUUUACCACAGGCUUUAUUAAAGGAAACAAUGGAGCUUUUUUACUGGAUUAUUGCCAGGAUUAGUUCACACACUGAAGCUAUAAAUUGUUAGAUCUCACUUGCUGGUAAUGGUUGCCCUGCUUUAAUGUAAAGUGCAGUAGGAAUUUUGCUUAUCAACUGUGGAGGGUGGCUUGGAUCAAGAAGAGUUUCUCUUCUUUCCCGGUUGGUGUGGCAUCACAUAUCUGGCCUCAAUGCCUUCAGCCUUGGCUAUCUUCACUUGCCGCCCGAACUCUCACCCAUUUCAAGAACGUCAUGUCUACCUGGAUGAGCCUGUCAAAAUUGGCCGCUCAGUGGCUCGAUGUCGACCAGCUCAGAACAAUGCUACCUUUGACUGUAAAGUCCUGUCAAGGAACCAUGCUCUUGUCUGGUUUGACCACAAGACAGGAAAGUUUUAUCUUCAAGACACUAAGAGUAGUAAUGGUACCUUUAUAAAUAGUCAGAGAUUGAGCAGAGGAUCUGAGGAAAGCCCACCAUGUGAGAUUCUGUCUGGUGAUAUCAUACAGUUUGGCGUAGAUGUGACUGAGAAUACGCGGAAAGUCACCCAUGGAUGUAUUGUUUCCACAAUAAAACUAUUUCUUCCAGAUGGUAUGGAAGCUAGGCUACGGUCAGAUGUCAUCCAUGCUCCAUUACCCAGUCCUGUCGAUAAGGUUGCUGCUAACACUCCCAGUAUGUACUCUCAGGAACUGUUUCAGCUUUCACAGUAUCUACAGGAGGCCUUACAUAGGGAACAAAUGUUGGAACAGAAGCUGGCCACCUUACAACGAUUGCUUGCUGUCACGCAAGAGGCAUCUGAUACUAGUUGGCAGGCUUUGAUAGAUGAAGAUAGGCUACUAUCAAGAUUAGAGGUUAUGGGAAACCAAUUACAAGCAUGUUCAAAAAGUCAAACAGAAGACAGUUUACGAAAGGAACUUAUAGCGUUACAGGAAGAUAAGCAUAAUUAUGAGACAACUGCCAAAGAAUCCCUGAGGCGGGUCCUUCAGGAAAAAAUUGAAGUGGUCAGAAAACUCUCUGAAGUGGAGCGAAGUUUAAGCAACACCGAAGAUGAAUGUACUCACUUGAAAGAAAUGAAUGAACGGACUCAGGAAGAAUUGCGGGAACUAGCUAACAAAUACAAUGGAGCAGUAAAUGAAAUUAAAGAUCUCUCUGACAAACUAAAGGCAGCUGAAGGAAAGCAAGAAGAAAUUCAACAAAAGGGACAAGUUGAGAAAAAAGAAUUGCAGCAUAAAAUAGAAGAAAUGGAAGAAAGAGAGCAAGAGCUUCAGGCAAAGAUAGAGGCUUUACAAGCAGACAAUGACUUCACCAAUGAACGGCUAACUGCUUUACAAGUCCGAUUAGAACAUCUUCAGGAGAAAGCUCUUAAAGAACACAACAGUUUAGGCAUACAAGUUGAUGACUUCAUUCCUAAAAUAAAUGGGAGUGCAGAAAAAGAGCACUUUCUUUCAAAGAGUGGAGGGGACUGCACUUUUAUUCAUCAGUUCAUAGAAUGCCAGACAGACAAGUUCAUAGACGAAGGACAUCUUUCAAGAGUGGAUGAAACAAAGAUUCUGAAAGAGAAUCAGGCAAAAGCAAAAGAAGCUGAUCUGUCUGAUACUCUUAGUCCAAGCAAGGAGAAAAGUAGUGACGACACUACAGAUGCUCAGAUGGAUGACCAUGAACUAAAUGAACCUAUUGCUAAAGUAGCUCUCUUAAAAGCAGAUGAAUUGCAGGGUGCACAAUCAGAAACUGAGACUAAACAAGAAAUUCAGCAGCUGCACAAGGAACUGGUUGAAGCCCAAGAGCUAGCUAGAACAAGUAAACAAAAAUGCUUUGAACUGCAAGCUCUUUUGGAAGAAGAGAGAAAAGCUUAUCGAUUACAAGUUGAAGAGUCCACCAAGCAAAUCCAGAUUCUCCAAGCUCAGUUGCUCAGGCUACAGGAAGGUAUUGAUCACCUUCAAGAGGAAAAGGAGAGUGAAAUGUCCCGUACUCGCAAUGAUUUACUUCGUGCUCAGGGUGAAAUUUUGUUAUUGCAACAAGUGGCUGAAAAGGCUGCAUCAGAAAGGGACACAGAUGUGGCUGCUUUACAAGAAGAGCUUCAGAAAGUGAGGGCUGAGCUUGAACGGUGGCGCAAUGAAGCUUCAGAAUAUGAAAAAGAGAUUGUUAACCUGCAAGCCAGUUUUCAGCUUCGAUGUCAGCAAUGUGAGGAUCAGCAGAAAGAAGCAGCAGCUCGUCUCCAAGGUGAACUCGAGAAAUUAAGUGGGGAGUGGACUGUUCUCGAAGCUGAAUGUGUUUCAUUAAAGAAGGAAAAUUCUGUGCUUGCAUGUGAACUUCAGCGACAAGAAAAGGAGCUUCAUAACUCUCAGCAGCAGAGUCUAGCACUUACCAGUGAUCUGAGUGUUCUUGAGCGGACCCGAAAAGAGCUUGAAAAUAAAAUGGGAUCUCUGAAAGAACAACAUCAGCGAGAUGCAGCUAGUCUAAAAACUCUUCUUAAUGCGGCAGAAAACCAAGCCAAGGAUGCACAGAAAGAGUAUGAAAAAACACAGACCAUACUCACAGAGCUGAAGCUGAAGUUUGAGAUCACUGAAGAGGAAAAACAAUCAAUCACAGAUGAACUCAAACAGUGUAAAGACAACCUGAAGUUGCUUCAAGAAAAAGGAAACCAUAGACAAUGGCCUUGGAUGCCUGUGAUGGCAGCUUUGGUAGCUGUGACAGCCAUGGUGCUGUACCCAGGCCUAACCAGAGCUUCUCCAUGAGAACUGUUGUUGAAUCCAUACACCGUCCUCUCUUUAGAAGCUGGCAUCAUUCACAUACUGGGGGAAAAAAACAGAUCCAUUCUCUUCCUUUUUACCUCUUAAUACCACAAAGUUUGGCUUCUGAACAGCAGUAGGGUCAUUGCUUUAAACUGUACAAAACAUAUCUGUCUAUAAAGAGGGAAUAAAAAUUAUGACUUCAUUCUAAUGUGAGCAAUAUUGUUGCUUACAAUUUCAUGUAAUUCUUUAAAAUAGUAUGUUGGAGUUCUAAAUACUGUUAUGGUGGCCUAAAGUAGGCUUCUUGGUACCAAAUUAUUUAUAAUGGUUAGGUGUGUGGAUAUUUUGUUUUAGAAUCUGAUUGCCAGAUUGAAAGCAGUACAUUUUUUUUCCUAAUUGGGACACCCAUGCCAAAUAUCCUUUAAAUACUUGGAAGCAGAUGCAGCGUGCUCAGUGCCUUUCAGUUUGACUUUAUUUGUACAUUAACAUACCAUUUUUUUUUUACUUGCUGUGAGUCACUGAGCUAUGGGGAACAAUUUCUUUUUCCAAGUCUUUGGACAGAAACAAAUAUUUUUCUUCAGUAAAGAUCCCAUUUUAUUGAUGACUUGGGAAUGAGUAUAAUUCAUUGCCAGCCUUAAAGAGCUCUAGAAGAAGCAGAAUGGGAAGCAUCCAUCUAGACAGUUUUUGUGUGCAUGUGUGUGCCUGAGUGAAUUAAGGUUUUUCUGGGAGCAAAAUCUUGAUUUUUCUGAUGGACAUAGUGCAGUGAUCCAACUUUUAGUUUGAAUGUAAUUUAUUAAAUCUCAUGUAUAUAGACACUAUAAAACUCAACAUAUUUUUCACAUAUCACAUUAUAGAAAUGAUUUUUUUCCAGUCACUUACUAUCAAAACUGAACUGGGGAAAUAUUUGUCUCUUUAAUUGUACUUUCAUUGGCACAACUUCAUUAUGCGAAGUGCUUGAGUACUUCUAUUUUUAGGGGAAGGAAAAUGAAAAAAAAUCCAAUAUGGGCAAGCUUUUUGAAAGUUUAGAAUAACUUAAUUGGUUCUCUAUGCAAAACUUAAGCUGAAAGAAUGUGCUAUCAACAAUUAGAAGCUUUACAUCACAACUUAGAUGGCCUUAACAUUAAUGUCCCCUGUAAAUGUUGGUUCCAGAAUGGAGGAAGCUGUAAUUAAAACCUGAAUCAAGUGUUGGCUUGCACAGCAAAACAGCUCUGUUCAUUAAGAUCUAUAUUGAUAUAAAGAGAAUUGCUAAUGAUAAUUGAAAUGUUUUGGCUAAUGAGAAAUUCAUAGGAAGAUUUUUCUAAGCAAAAAUUCCAGCGGGUUAGAAGAUUUAAUGGCAAUCAACAGAUCUAGUUGAAUAUUUAAAUAGAGUUUUUUAGUUCAUAAUUUGCCUUGGCGGUUUUGAGGGUCAUUUUCCUUUAAUGGUUCUGUUUUAAGCUAUUUGGGAUUUGUUAGUGGGAAGAUCAUUGGAUUUAAGGAAAUGUUAGACCACAGACUCAUAGAAAAUAACAUUUUUGUUCAUUUCAUUCUUUUCAGUUGCAGGAAGCUGCCACCAGUCCACAAAACACACACAUGCCAGUGGUACACAGUACCUCUUGUAUAUAGGUUAUUGCAAAUAUUAUUCUGAAAAUGCUUAACUUCAGAAUUACAUUUUUAAAAGUAAAUAAUUGUUUUAAAUCUAUUUUGUAAAGAUAUAAAAACAAUAGAAUUUCUCGAGUACAGAUUGAACUAUUUGCACUAACACACGUGAUGUGCAUGAUUUAAUAAAAUAACUUUACUCUCCCUAUGAA